GCGGGGCCGGCGGGGUUUUCUCCCGGGCUGGGCUGACGGCCGCGGCCGGGAACUUCGGGAGCGUGCGGGCGCCAGCGGCCGUUCGGGCGGCAAGGAAGAUACUGUGCUGUUACCCAGUUGUCCUAGUUGAUUUCACUCUACAAAUCUUCAAGAUUCCUACUGGAGUGAAAGUGUCUGUUGUGAUAAUGACAACUGAAGUUGGUUCAGAGACUGAAGUAAAGAAAGAUUCUGAGCAGCUGGGACCAGACAAAGCCAAGGACAAGCCUGAAGAAGCAUCAGAGACUCCAGGAGAUCAAAAGUCCAAGGAAACAUCCUCUGGAGAAGCUCAAGAUUCUUCUGUCCCAGCACCAACUAGCCAAAGUAGUCCAAGCGGCCAGAAGAAGGAAAAAUCUUCACCUGAAAGCAAGGGUAUUUCUCGCUUCCUUCCCCCUUGGCUUAAGAAACAAAAGUCAUACACCUUGGCAGAGCCCAAAGAUGAGCCCAAGAAAAAGGCCACAGGGGAAGAGAAAGGAGUUGAAGAAAGUGAAAGCCAGGCACUAGAGGGGGUGGCUCAGCCAAGAAAGAGCUUGGAAGAAGCAGCUGAAAACCGGCAGAAUGCUAAAGCAGAUGACAAAGAAAAACACUCUGUUAGUAGUGCUGAAAUACAGCCUUCCAAAGAAGAUGGUAAAGAGACAGAAGUAGAGGAAGUUGCGGAGAAAAAGGAAGAAAAACAAGAAGAAAAAGAAAAAAGGGAGACAAAAGAAGUGCAGACAGCUGAAAUUAAAAUAGAUAACAUUCCUCAGAAGUCUCCAAAGAAAAUCAAAACUGUGCAGUGUAAGGUGAUGCUUCUGGAUGGCACAGAAUACAGCUGUGACCUAGAGAAAAGAGCAAAAGGACAAGUUCUGUUUGAUAAAGUAUGUGAACACCUCAAUUUACUGGAAAAGGACUAUUUUGGGCUGUUGUUUUACGAGAAUUCAGAACAGAAGAACUGGCUAGAUGCUUCAAAGGAAAUUAAGAGACAAAUUCGAAGUUUACCUUGGAUAUUCACCUUUAAUGUGAAAUUUUAUCCUCCUGAUCCGUCGCAGUUGACUGAAGACAUCACUAGGUAUUUCUUGUGCCUACAGCUUCGCCAGGAUAUUGCAUCUGGCCGACUGCCGUGUUCAUUUGUGACUCACGCCCUCCUUGGUUCAUAUACGCUGCAGGCUGAGCUGGGUGAUCAUGACCCAGAGGAGCACCGCAGUGAUUAUAUCAGUGAAUUCCAGUUCGCACCCAAUCAGACUCAAGAAAUGGAAGACAAAGUGGCUGAGCUACACAAAACACACAGGGGCUUGACUCCAGCACAGGCGGAUUCCCAGUUCCUAGAAAAUGCUAAGAGACUCUCCAUGUAUGGAGUGGAUUUACAUCAUGCCAAGGAUUCUGAAGGUGUGGAUAUCAUGCUGGGUGUAUGUGCUAAUGGUCUGCUGAUCUACAAAGACAGACUCCGGAUCAACCGCUUCGCUUGGCCAAAAAUUCUGAAGAUUUCCUACAAGCGAAGUAAUUUCUACAUCAAAGUCAGGCCAGCAGAACUGGAACAGUUUGAGAGCACUAUUGGAUUCAAACUGCCAAACCAUCGGGCUGCUAAAAGGUUAUGGAAGGUUUGUGUGGAGCACCAUACUUUCUUCAGGCUUGUAUCACCAGAACAGCCUCCAAAAGCCAAGUUUCUGACCUUGGGUUCCAAGUUCCGCUACAGCGGCCGUACGCAGGCACAGACACGGCAGGCCAGCAACCUCAUCGACAGGCCCGCUCCCUACUUCGAACGCACCUCCAGCAAACGUGUUUCCAGAAGCCUGGAUGGAGCUCCCAUGGGUAUUUCAGACCAAAGUCUUCUAAGAGACUUCUCUGCUACUGGAGGGCAGGCUGCUGGAGAUAAAAUCAUUGAUCUUGAAGCUGCUGGUCAGGCCAAGUUGAAAGAAGGUGGCAGAGAAGAAGAUGAAAGUCCACUCAAAACUCCACAAUUAGAAUUGACUCAGGAUGGAAAGAUCAGUUCCUUGAGAGUAGACGGGGAAAAUAUUUAUGUCAGACAUAGCAAUUUAAUGUUGGAGGACCUGGAUAAGACCCAGGACGACUUACUGAAACACCAGGCUAGCAUUAGUGAGCUCAAGCGCAAUUUCAUGGAAUCCACACCCGAACCACGCCCAAAUGAGUGGGAAAAGCGGCGUAUCACACCUCUGUCCCUACAGACACAAGGGAAAAAAGGAGACCACAUUUUCCAAGUGAAAACACUGCCUGGGAAGGAGAAACAAUGGAUUGCAAUGCCAUGGAUUGCAGGAGCAAAACCAGAGGAAACCAAUAAGAGCCUGGAAGAGGAGAUUACCUCCAUUUUGUUUAGUAAGGAGCGCUUCGGCGCCGGCACCAGCGGGCCCUUCGCCGCCAGCCCGGGGCCAGCAGAGGGCGCUGCGGGGGAGCCGACGGCCGCGCCGGGGCCGCAGAGACAUGCUUCCAGAGCAGAAGGGCCUUGUACUGGAGUCAGCGAUGCUGAUAAGAGUUCACAUGAGACUCUGGACAUAGUGGAGGAGAAGAAGCAGGCAGAGUUUGGGAUAGAAGAAACACUAGUCGUAGACGAAACCAACAAAGGGAAAAUGCAAGUUGCUACUGAUGCUGGGGAGACAUGUAAGGUGGAGCACGUGUCAAAAAAGGACUCUUCAUCAUUGCCAUCAGAUAGUAGCAGCAGCAGCAGUAGUAGUGAGAGUGAGGAUGAAGAGAUGGGAGAAUACCAGCCACAUCAUAGGGCAAUUGAGGAAGUCAUCAGGGAAGAACAGGAGGAAGAGGAAGACAUGAAAAGAAAAGAACGUGAAGAAAAUAUGCAGCAUGUGGAAGCCAUACCAGAAGGCAGUAAACUAAAUGUACCAGUUGAGCACACACAAGUUACAGCUGAAGAUUUGGUCCAGGAAAAUACAGUUACUGUAGCUACAGAAGAGAAGAAUUUGUCAGAGCAAAUUAAGCAAGAUUUAGGUGAAGAAAAGGAGGAGGAACAGCUGAAACUCAAUGGAGAUGUGUCUCAUGUUGACAUUGAUGUUGCACCACAAUUAAUUUGUUGUUCUGAGCCUCCAGUAGUGAAAACAGAGAUGGUAACCAUUUCAGAUGCCACUCAGAGAACUGAAAUCUCCACAAAAGAAAUUCCAAUUGUUCAAACAGAAACUAAAACUAUCACAUAUGAAUCUUCACAGCUUGAUGGCAAUGCUGUUGGCGAUACCGGCGUGCUGGUGAGUGCACAGACCAUUACAUCAGAGUCCAUUUCUACUACCACAACUACACACAUCACAAAGAUGGUAAAAGGUGGAGUAUCAGAAACAAGAAUUGAGAAGCGCAUUGUCAUUACUGGAGAUGCAGAUAUUGACCAUGAUGAGGCCCUGGCACAGGCAAUCAAAGAAGCCAAAGAACAGCACCCUGACAUGUCUGUGACAAGAGUGGUGGUGCACAAAGAAACUGAACUUGCUGAGGAGGAUGAAGAUUAAAUCAAAAAUGCCCUCAAGCAAAUCCUUCAG